AGGCAUUCGCUUCUUUUCCUGUCAAACAGCAGCAGCAGAACCUCUGAGACAUCCGUCACAUGAUCUCAGUGAUAUGUAGGCGCAGUUCCUGAUGGCCUGAGUCGGACUAAAGUAAACCUGUGUCGAGUUAUCAGCGUUACAUCGUGCCACGCAGGCUGAGGUGUUUGUCUUGUCUUUGCAGCCAUGGAGAGAUUAGAAGCCACAUCAGAGCUCCAGUCACGGCUGUCAGCACUCUCCUUCUCGUCGUUCCCCGGAAUAACAUCCAAACAGAGCGACACCAGACCGCUGGACAGGCUCCAGAACACAGACCUUUCUCAGAGCUGUGCCCAAUCCACAAACCCAGCUGAUAUGGCUGAAACCAAGGAUGAUUCAGGCAAACAUUGUGAGGGUAAUGAAGAGGCCCCAGCAGAGCCGGCCCUGGGGGAAGGAGGCGAGGAGAACAACAGCGCUGGGAGCUGUCAGCUCUCUGCUGAGAUGAAAGCCCAGAUGCCGCCUCUAAAACCCCCAACAACAUGGACAUCUGCUGCACUGAAGGAGCUGAAGGCGAAGCUUCGAACGGAGGACGACAGCGUGGUGACAGUGUACCGAGGCGACAUCAUGACAGUUCACGUGCCCACUGUCCCUGAGGCCAAAAAAGUGUGCUGGGAGUUCGCUACAGACGGUUAUGACAUUGGCUUCGGCAUAUAUUUUGACUGGACUCCUGUCACGACCCGGUCUAUCACUGUGCACAUCAGUGAGUCAAGUGAUGACGAAGAUGAAGAGGAGGAGCCGGAAGGGCCCGUCACUAACGGAGACGUCGAGAAAGGCUCCAAAACUCACAGCAACUCCAACUUGGCUGAAAUCUUACCCGUGUACCGCCAGGACAGUCACUUAUCCGUCCAGGGGGGGAGCCACGACUUUCCAGGUGAAGGCACUUACCUCGUGAAGUUUGAUAACUCCUACUCACUUUGGCGAAAUAAAACUCUGUACUACAGAGUUUAUUACAGUGCCUGAGAUGCUGGUUUAUGAAUGUAUCAUUUACAAAAAAAAAUACUACUCUUAAGAACGAUUUAUGAACUAUUUUUGAUUCCACACUUGGAAAAAGAUGAAGUUAAAGGUUAAAUAUAAGCAUAUCUAUUUUUUAUCACUAUCAGCUUGUGUUGCCACAUGUUGAAUUUACGAUCAGAUUUUAGUUUUAAAAUGCAGCAUUUUGCCCCGAUGUUUUGCUGAUAGUUAAAGAAGCCUUGCAUAUGUGCCAUGUUCCCGUGUAUGCACUGUGCUAUUUGGUCAAGUGCCCAUCAUAAAACAUAUAUUGUCUUCAGCUGUAACAUUUCUAUGGUAGCAGUGAUCAGGGAACACCUGCACAGAAUAUAUUUCACCAGGUGCUUAAUCAGCAGUGCUCUAAAGAAAUUGAGUUUUUUAUGUUCUGUGUGUGUACGCGUACACCUUCUAUGAUUAAGUUGCCGUGUUGUUGUUCUGUGUAUUUAUCCUUCUGCUUUGUAUGGUAACUUAUUUUUUAUUUGUGUUUAAAUUUAAUCAAAUGGAGAAUAUAAUUAUGUAAUGCAAAUUCUGUGCACAGAGCUGUCUACUGUCAUAGUGGUGUGUCAGUAAAAAGAUGAAUGUUGAAUGUACUGAAGCAAGUGGUAACAGUUUUCCAGAGUGUGCUUUUUAUGACACAAUUAAAAGCCAUCCCUUAUCACAUAAAAGCUCUUAUUAUGUAAUAUAGAUCCAAUAUUUACAUUUGCCUCGCCACCUCCCUUUAAUUUUCUGUUUUCGGAGGUAGGGAGCGGUUGUAAUAUUUCAUCUAAAUGUAUUUCGUGCACAGGUCUAUAUGUGUUUGUUUUCGAAUGUCCUCAGUGCAUUCGGCAUACUUCGACUGUGUUGCCUUGUUCCAUCCUUGUUUUCUAAAAAUCCAUAAUUCUACCACACUCACUUGUGCGCAUGUUCCCAAAGAUAUCACAGAUUUGGCUGCUACAUUGUCAAGAGACUGGUUUAAAGCUUCCCAUGUUUGCUGUACUGUACCUUUACUGUAAGUUAUGAUGACAUUUGUUCCUGAAAUUUAUAUUCAAACAAUAAAGAGAAUAUUAUUA